AUGUUGGGUGAGCUGAUGCGCGCUGAAGAAGAGCGUGUGGCAGGAAUGAGGGGCCAAGCAGCAGGAGGCUUUAAAAUGUGUGGCAGCAGCAGCAGCAGCAGCCAUGACGAGGCCCCCGUCCUGAGCGACAAGCACCUGGACGUGCCCAACAUCAUCAUCACCCCCCCGACCCCCACGGGCAUGAUGCUGCCGCGGGACUCCGGGCAGACAGUCUGGCUGGACGAGGCAGGGCCGUGCCCAGAGGACGGAGACAUAGACCCCGAAGCCUGAGGAAGGGGCACGGGUC